GGGUGGCAGGAGCCGGCAGAAAGAACUUCAACACAUUGGACGUGCUGGGCUGCUUGUGUGCUGCUGACCAGUUGGGUGACUACAAGAAGCCGAAAACAUGGCAGAAGAGGGGACGACUAUAGACAUUGAUGGUAGCAUCAUGGAGGGAGGAGGACAGAUCCUGCGUAUCUGCACUGCACUGAGCUGCCUUCUUGGAUUACGAGUGAGGGUAAUGAAGAUCCGAGCAGGGAGAAGCACACCAGGCCUGAGGCCACAACACUUAUCUGGACUGGAGACCGUUCGGGAUUUGUGUUCUGGGCAGUUGGAAAAAGCUGGGAUUGGAUCAACAGAGAUAAACUUUGCACCUGGAAGGAUAAAAGGAGGAUCAUUGACUGCUGAUACGAAGACUGCUGGGAGUGUGUGCUUGCUGCUUCAGGUCUCACUCCCAUGUGUCCUUUUCGCUGAGUCCCCCUCUGAGCUCAUCUUCAAAGGCGGCACAAAUGCGGAGAUGGCACCACAGAUUGACUAUACCACAAUGGUGUUUAAACCUGCUGCAGAACGUUUUGGUUUUAAACUGGAUUGUGACAUCAGGAGAAGGGGUUACUACCCACGUGGAGGAGGCGAAAUACUAGUCAGAGUUUCUCCUAUAAAAUAUUUAAAGCCUAUCAACCUAACUGAUAAAGGUUCCAUCACAAAGAUCUAUGGACGGGCCUAUGUGGCUGGAGUCCUUCCAUACAAGAUGGUGAAGGACAUGAUUUCAGCAGCAGUACGUUGCAUACGACGGGAGUUGAGGGAGCUGCAUGUGAAUAUUCAAGGUGUCCAAGAGCCUGCAGACAAAGCAGUGGGAAAUGGUAGCGGGAUUAUAAUUGUUGCUGAGACUUCCACAGGUUGUAUAUUUGCAGGAUCAUCACUAGGGAAGAAAGGAGUAACUGCAGACCGUGUUGGGGCUGAAGCUGCAGAAAUCCUUCUCCGUAACCUGCGUCAUGGAGGCUGCGUUGAUGAAUAUCUUCAGGACCAGCUGAUUAUUUUCAUGGCUCUGGCAGAUGGAGUAUCUCAGCUUAGAACAGGUCCUCUUACCUUGCAUACGCAAACAGCAAUACACUUUGCAGAGCAAUUAACAAAGGCUAAGUUUACAGUGACAAAAUGUGAUGAGCCAAACACAGAUAGCUGCAUAAUAGAAUGUCAAGGAAUCGGAUUGCAGAACAAGAAUGUUUCAUAAAAGAGUUACAGCAAAAGAAAGGAUUACAUGUGAAGUCUCCACAGAUUGCAGCAUGGCAUGCAAUAAAGAAAGCAUGGCACAUGCGAGUAAUGCAUAGGACUUGCUGGUAUUUUACAGCUUUCCAUUUUGAUUUCAGUCUGAGGUAAUCAGAAUUUUUUUGCGCAUGAACUUGAGUUAAAAAAUUUAUAUUUUAUGAGGUGACAUUCAAUUGCCAAUGCCCUACCUCAAAUAAAUAGAGGUAAACAAAAUGAUGUCAGGUUGUGAUUUUAUGGACUCCUUGAUCUACUUGCAGUGACUCUUCUAAGAUUGC